AUGCCCGUCUUCAGUGCGCCUUACGUGGGCUUGCCUGAUCCUGAGAAGAGAACUGUGGAAACCAUGGAGACUCCAUUGAACCAGAUCACUUCUCCUGAGCGUCGCAACAAAUCCUGGUACAAGAAGCUCAGCUUCAGCUCGCGGAGCAUUGGCAAGAGUGGUCGUUCUUCUCGCACGUCUACCGGCCUCGCGGAAGCCCAAGCAAGAAGUGAAGAAGAAUAUCUUCUGAACAAACCCCUCCCUCCUCUCCCACAACCUCCAUACUUCGAGUACAUGUUCGCGGAUGCUGGUCUCAAGGCAAUGAUGUCCAAUGAAUCACUGAAAUCAACACUCGCAGCGCACAGCAAUGCACAAGGUAACCGCGUCCCAUCCGCCGCGUUGGAGUUUCUAAUCAUGAUCUGUAUAGCUACCACCCAAUUGGAGGGCAAUCAUAAUCAACCUACGGCUCACAAUCCCCCCGAAGGAAAUUUCAUCCUUGAAUCUCCCGAACUCGCCCAAUUCGCCUUCGCCCAUGCCGGUGUGGACGUGACGACCAAAGACAUGAUCGACAAUCACUUCGCGGCUCUUGGCACAGGCCUCGAAGGACAUCUUCACAUUGACAUCGAAGAAGAACUGGAGAAGGAGAAGGCAUCUGAAUCGUUCUUUGGCGGAAUCCAGGCAAGAGAAGGACCCACCGCCUAUCACGCCCCCGUGGUCGAUGAGGAUGGCUUUGCCGAUCGACGAGAAGGUCUGGAAGAUUGGCCUCAGCUCUGGGCACAGGACAAGGAGACUUUGGACGACUACGUGAUUCCAGGGUCUGAAAGCCUCUCAAUGCAACUCAGCAAGACCGCGGACCACGAAGACAACGGUGACAACGGUGUCAAGCCCAUUCUCCAACCCAAGUCUCAGAAGAAAAAGGCCAAGGCCCACUUUCGAGAGUAUCCCGAUUCAUAUUACAACGCCGACGGUACCGUCAACGAUCCAGAGUUUCAACCUGUCCAACCUGUUCAGCCUCCCCGCCCAUUGACAAUUCGGAAGAAAGUCAAGAAGAGGAAUGCCCGCGACUCAUUCGUGACCAGAUCCACUCCCGAUGAGCCAAAAACCGAUGACCACGACAUCCAUCUCCUCUCCACCAAGAAGAUCCGCGUGGCAGAGAAGCUCGUUGAUCAAGACGUCAACAGCAGCAGCCGUGUCGUCUCGGUGUGUGGCUCCAUCUCCAAUAGCAGCUCAACCACUCUUUCCUGCCACGACGAGGACGACCGAAGCCGCAAUAGCGCCAGCACAGCACCCACUGAUGUCGACGAUGACGAUUCCUCCGAGGCCGCUCUAGCUCUCAAACGCAAGCGUCUCACCACAGAUUUGACGGGCUAUCCGGGCCAAUUCGAAUCAUAUGAAGCCAACUACCUUCACGUGCGGGUCCGCCGCAGUUCGAACUAUGGAGAUCCGGUCCCAUUCACGAUGGGCGACCCGCUCCACCCGAACAACGAAUUCACACACACAAACUUCGUCCAAGACCCAACGUACCCGUCGACGAACUACACCAAGGCCGACCUGGAGGUCCUCCCCGUCCGUCGUCGCGCGCUCGAUCACGCUGAACGCUGUGCCGCGCACGCCGCAUCCCUGGUUUCCGUCCGCUCCGCCGUCGAAGAAACCCUGCGCCGAGAGGUCCACCGCGAGUGUGCGGCCGCGCGACUCGAGGGCGUCUCCGUGGGCCAGUACCGCUACUACCAGGGGUUCAUGAGCGUGGAAGACUACGUCGCCGCCCGCAUCUGCGUCUGCUGGGGUUUCUGCUGGUGCAGCAAGUUGUGCACUCUCUACGGCGAUGUCCUCUGCCCAUGCAGCGAGUGGAUUGGCGUGCACGGCGAUGACUGA